ACAGUCGCAGUGUUUUUGUUUUGAGGAACAUCGAACACGUUUGGCCGAUGCGCUGCUUUAACUGAUUGCGGGUUUGCGCCUGGCCCCAUGAGAUUGAGGCCGAGCAGGCCCAACGGCGCCCAGUCACGACUAUGGACGAGUCUGUUCACCCUACACGCAGCGGCUCUUCCCAUUCAGAUUCAGGUCACAGUUUCUCGUCUGCAUCUUCUGGAGAGAUCUUAGGUACACCGUUCGAUAUCGGCUCUCAGCGUUUCGAAUACCCGUUCCCCAAAACCCAGGGUUCUCCAACCGAACCGUUCAUGCCCUUGUCAUCCGCCAUGAACUCUCACCACAUGAAUUUACCUCAUUGGCCAACACAUCUUCCCAAAUCCUUUCCGCUGUCGUCCCCUCCGCUCUCGAGGAUGAAAACUCAUCCCAAGCUCAAUCCGGCGAACACUCGCGUUCCGCCGGUCCCACCCGGUCUAGUGAAAAGGCGCAGUCGCCUCAAUGCUAGCCUUCACUCUCAACUGUCUGAGGAAUCAAGUGAUAAAAGUGAUGGCGGCGAAGUUAUGAUGCACAGUUCACUGGCUACUCGCACUGUCACGGGCUCCCCGGAUGCAACCCCACAACGUGCUGUAUCGCCCAAUCUCUUAUCACACGGAGCAUCCAGGUCUAGGAUCAAUAUCGAGGAUCCGCUACAGGAUAGCGAAUCCUCGGAUCAUGCAGCUGCGGAGGAAUCCGUAAAGCGUGCUGUGUGCCCAGGUCUAUCGCAGGGACUGAUAAACUCACCAACCGUGAGUGCCUCCGCUUCCACUCUAUGAAAUCUGUGCGCGAAGGACUUCCUUACGGAUUACUUGCCAUGUUGCCAUGUUCCAUUUGCGCACUUCGUGACCAUUCAUAUUCAUACGCUCAGAACUUCCAUCAACUACGCCAGGAUUCGGCG